AUCACCAUGUCCGGACGUGGCAAAGGCGGCAAGGCAAAGGGCAAGAGCAAGACCCGUUCCAGCCGUGCGGGUCUCCAGUUCCCCGUGGGCCGUAUCCACCGCCUCCUGCGCAAGGGAAACUACGCUGAGCGCGUCGGAGCGGGCGCACCCGUCUACCUCGCGGCCGUCCUCGAGUACCUGGCUGCCGAAGUGCUCGAGCUCGCCGGCAACGCGGCUCGCGACAACAAGAAGACGAGGAUCAUCCCCCGCCACCUGCAGCUGGCCAUCCGCAACGACGAGGAGCUGAACAAGCUGCUCUCCGGCGUUACCAUCGCGCAGGGCGGCGUGUUGCCCAACAUCCAAGCCGUGCUUCUGCCCAAGAAGACCGAGAAGAAGGCGUAAGCGAGCUGCUCCCUCCCAUCAAGCCGGAGUUGCAGGCUCGUCCUCGCACGACAACCCAACGGUCCUUGUCAGGACCACCCAAAAUGCGUGUGACGGCAGGGUGUUGCUUUGCAAUCCCGUUCUCCGCACCCGUUUCCCUCUGUUCGAAUUUUUUCUUCCUUCUUUUUUAAACUACCGCAAUCGUGGCUCGGUGAGAUUGCUAGCAUCUCUCGCUGCACGUAAUUGGCCAGCAUUCGCCGGCGCUAUUAAUUGCGUGCAACGCCUCGGGAGGAGCAAGAAAGAAAGGCGAACCCUUAUGAUUGCGACACAUACACACACUUUGCUCGAAUAAACGUCGACAAGCGAGUGAUGCACACAUCGCUAGACGAAAGAAUAGCCGUCACUUGGCCGUGUUGGUAAACACGUCCAUGAUGGAAAAAGCGCUACUAAAACGGCGACUUUCCUAUUGAUAUAUCGCACACGUUGAACUGUGCUUCUUUCUUUUUUUCCAGCGAUAUUGGCCUCGUGAUGACUGAGAGAGAGAUUAUAUUGUAAAGGAUGGGCUUAAAGUGCAGCGCGAUAACCGUCUCUCAAUACGUGCAUUCCGCAUGCACGAACGCCGUAAGGGAAGAAAAAAAAAAAGAACAUGUUAUUUCCCUCUUGCUAGCAGUGCUUUUCCCAUCGCGAACUGCACGAAAGCUUGCACGCAACAUCUGUCGUUGUAAAUUUUGUUUUCGAGCACGAAACAAGUAGCACAGGCACUUUAUUUUGAUUCGUGCUCGGUCAGUACUCACCACUUGCGUAUCGUGCGAAGCACCACCUCGCCUCCUCAGCAUAUGUAUGUAUAUAUCCCAUCCAGCCGAGCACACAAAAACAAAACACACAGACAGACCAGACCGAGAGGGGUACGGUUCGGAGUACGUGGUCUCGCGUAUUCCCGUAGCCGAAGCAGACAUGUAGGUGGUCCUGAGAAGGACCGUUUUGUGUUGCUUGCCUGACGCAAGGCUGCGCGG